ACUCUCAUACAAACAAACAAACAAAUUUUAACUUUGAGAAACCCAUGGCCUCCACAAAGUUUGAGAAAGCUUUCUCACCAGAUUUUUUAAACGUAGAAACUAGAAGCACCUCAUUCACCACACAGUUUCUUAACACUUCAUGCCGUUCAUUGUUUAUAGGAAUAUUUUUUCGGUGGAUUAAAUUAAUCAUAAAUAAAUACUCCGUAUCAAACUACCCCAUUCUGCAACCUACCAUUAAAAAACUUUCCUUAAGCCAUGGCAAUCGAGGCUUGGUAUACGGAUGAAAGCAAUGAGGAUCCAAGGCUUCCGCAUCAUCGAAACCCUAAAGAAUUUGUCUCCCUUGACACUCUCUCUGAGAUUGGAGUUUUACACUGGAAAUUGAAUGCUAAAGACUAUGAAAAUGACCCCGAACUGGAGAAGAUUAGGAAUGAGAGGGGUUACAACUACAUGGAUAUUCUUGAUUUGUGUCCUGAAAAGGUGGAGAAUUAUGAGCAGAAGCUGAAGGUCUUCUUCACAGAACACAUACAUGGAGAUGAAGAAAUACGCUACUGCUUAGAAGGAAGUGGCUACUUUGAUGUGCGAGACAAGGCAGACCGCUGGAUUCGGAUCUGGCUCAAAGAGGGUGAUAUGAUCAUACUGCCAGCUGGAAUUUACCACCGUUUCACCCUUGACACCUCUAAUUAUGUGAAGCUGAUGCGGCUUUUCAUAGGAGAACCAGUGUGGACACCAUUUAAUCGGCCACAGGAGGAUCAUCCGGUUAGAAAGAAGUACGUAAAGAAUUUGGCAGAGAAAAUGAGAGUUCCUGUUUCAGCUCACUAGUCAUUCGAGCCAUACAUUGUGGUUGCUGCUCUUGGCUGUCUUGGGUAUCUUAAUACGAAGUAAUAUAUUUUGUGGCCUGUGAACCUUGAUAUGCUACGCUGCGGCUGCUUGUAAUGCAUAGCAGGAAAUAGUAGGUGUAAAAAUGUUAACAACUUUUAUAUAAGCCGGUCUAAUACAUAAAAGCGCAAUGUUGUCACGCAUGACGUCAUCAACGCUUUUUUUUAAAAAAAACAUAUAUUUAUUUCUCUUUUUUCA